GCAUGCAGGCUGGCGGUGCAUUGAAACGAAUAGCUCUGACAAUGUGGUGAUGGUAACAUCAACAUUGAAUUCAACUAUGGAUACUACAAGUCGACGUUGUGUUGUGUGUAAUGGUGGCAUGUGCGAGAAACGAUGUCGAGGGGGAGUCAUCAUGUCACUUGAUGAUGCAAAACGGGUUUGAAGGAUGCGAACAUGUGCAGGGUAGUUUGUCUAUCAGUGUUCUUGUGAAAGCCCCAUCAAAAUACGAUCAAUUGACAAAAUACUUGGGCAGUAUCGUGCGUGUUGACGACUACGUGGCAGUACGUGAAAGUCCCAGCAUUCAGUCGCUCACAUUUUUGAAGAAUCUGACGUGUAUAGAAGGCAAGAGACCUUUCCGAUCUUGGGAUUUGUUGUAUGGGCUGGUUGUGAUGGGCAAUCAAAAUUUGCGUUUUCUCUGGCCGGAGAAGCGGAAGGAACUGGUUAUUGGUUCUGAUGGUGAUCUGAAGAUUUUAGUGACACAAAACCCGUGGCUUUGUGGUGACGACUUGUUGGAUUUGAAGGAUCAGUUUCGUUGGCGUGUUGUGGAAUGGAGAAAUGGAUACCGAGCGGGAUGUAAUCACUCUGUGCUAGGAGUAUCAAUCAAACGUAACGACGACUGCCUAGACAUAGCAUGGGAUUCUGUCCCGAAACAUAGACAUGAGAAUCUCACCGGAUAUACACUACUGUGGAGACAAUAUAACAAAACUGACGACAACCUGAUUGUUGCCGAAGAGGAAGAAUACGAUGAGCAGAAUCCCGACGGCCACCACAGUCUAAUGUGGGAGUUUCAGCACAUAAAUAAGAACGAGUCGACUCGAAACUGUUCUGUAACAAUCCGGGAAGGGACGACGGUCGCUGUCCAAGUCCGAGCUCGUUUUAACGACUUGAAAUCAGGAGCACGAACGAAAGUGAUGUCGUGUGCUAGACGUGGAGUUCCGUCGAAACCUCUCUGCAUAAGAAACAAAGAUGGUUGUGUUAAUACGUCACACGAUGUCGUUAUUGUCUGGAAUCAACCAUCCAUGUAUGCAGACACGAUUACAGAAUACAACAUAAUUGCUACUGAUGGCGACAGCAAUAACGUGACAAGAAAUAUUGCAGUGGGAAGUAAUGAGACGUGUUCUGAUUCUCUGUGUGAAGCGCGUAUCGAUAAUUUGACAAAUUACAGGCAUUAUAGUAUCAGGGUUAGAGCCAGAAAUUCUGAAGGCCAAGGCGAUUCAUCCGAUGAAUUUCAUCUCAUGACUGUUGCAGAUCCAGAAGCAGACGUUGUUACUGACUUUACAGUACGAGAUCGAGGAGCCGGCUCCAACAAUUUUUCUCAGCGUAUACACGUGUCUUGGAAACGACCAAAGACACCGAAUGGUGAAGUCAAGUGUUACGAGGUAAUGUUUGAAUAUGCUAUAACUACUCCAGAGGUUACAAGGAUCAGCACUCAUGCUAUCAACUACAUCUUUCCAGAGUAUAAGAAACACAAGUGCACAUAUUGGUUGACAUCCACUGACAAGUUCAUCAAAUGUAAAGUCGUGAAUCGGGAGUUGGAAAUUCCCGUUUUCAGAGUUUACGACAGGCCACUCGGUUACAAUGUGACCGUCACUGUCGUCUCAUCAUAUCGCAGGAGUGAGAUAAACAAAACCGAAACAUUUAAAGUGCCUGCUUUGGAGUCUACUUCGAAUGGAGAUGUAGACACUACGAUCAUCAUAUCAGUUGUGUUCUCCACUUUGUUGCUGAUCAUCGUCAUUCUCGGUGUUUAUCUAUGUAGAGUGCAAAGACGUAAACAUCAACUGAGCAAAUCAACAAUACAUCGAAUGAAGCUGUCCAUGAGUCGCAUCCAAUCGAUCGAUUAUAACAUGCUGGAAAUAUUAGGAAGAUAUGAACCAGACGAGUGGGAAAUUGGGAGAGAGGAGGUUGUGUUAGAGACGGAGCUAGGGAAGGGAGCGUUUGGUAUGGUGUAUAAGGGAAAGUGGAUUUGUCAUGAUGGAGUGGAGAUGGCAGUGGCCGUUAAGAUGCUUCCAGAAGACGCAAGUGACCUAGACAAGAUAACCGUCUUGCAAGAAGCAUCGCUAAUGAAGCAUCUGCACAGUGACAACAUCGUGAUGCUUCUUGGGAUCGUCUCAAUCGGAAAUCCCAUCCUCAUUGUCAUGGAAAUAAUGGACAAAGGCGAUCUCAAGGGAUACUUGCAUUCACUGAGACCGGAGGAUGAAUGUGAUUGGCAUAAGAGCUUUCCUUUGUCUGAUGAUCAGUUGUUGGAGUUUGCUGCGGACAUUGCAGCCGGAAUGGAGUAUUUGCACAUGAUGAAGUACGUGCAUCGUGAUUUGGCGGCUCGAAACUGCAUGGUGACUGCUGAUUUGCGUGUGAAGGUUGGAGACUUUGGUUUGACGAGAGAUAUCUACCAGAGUGACUAUUAUAGGAAGUUGAACCGAGGUCCACUUCCUGUACGAUGGAUGUCUCCUGAGGCUCUACGAGACGGCAAGUAUGACCGUGCAUCUGAUGUAUGGUCGUUUGGCAUCGUGCUCUGGGAGAUGUUAUCUCUAGCAUCUCAGCCUUACCCAAAUAUGACAAACGAAGAAGUGUACGAGUUCGUGACGGCGGGCGGAACGAUCAACCUUUUCAAAGUCAAACACGCACCCAUCACAUUUGUUCUGCUUAUGCAACGUUGUUGGCUGUUCGUGCCUGCAGAACGGCCCACGUUUAAGAUAAUCCGUGGAGUAUUGCCAGGAGACGAGUCGGCAGUCUGAGUCUACCUACAAUGCUGUGCCAAACGUUUUUAUCCAUAUGCAUCCUGCUUUCUCUUUGACUAUAAGGAACAUGCAAACUAUUGAAAAUAGAAUUAUUGUUUGUCAUGCAUUAAUGAACUAAGUUAUUGUAGCAGACUUCCUUACUGUAUAGCCGUAGUAUCAAGCAUACUAGAUGUAGUAGGAGAUUUUAUAGGACAGAUUUUGAUACUAACGUGUAGUGUAGACAUACCGUAGCCAAUAGGUUGUACUAUAAGGGUCAGGUAUCUUCAGUGAAUUACUAGUGGCUAAACAUGUUUUGAAGUCAUGUCCUAAGCUUUACACUUUGGGCAUGACUUCACUGCAUGUACACUACACUGUACUGGUUUUUAUCUACAUGGUAACGCGAGUUAUAAAACAUCGAAGUUCCCGGAUAAGAACAUAA